AUGCAACUAAUUACAAGAUAUAUUUCAUUAAGCCCGGGGCCAAGUCGGAAGAAGCAGAAGCAAGCCUCCGCCCUGAGAAUCAUGACCGAGCUUGGAUCCGAGAGUAGUGCUCACGGACUGGCAAAGAUUGCGUCUUCAGCGUCGAAAAAACGCAAGGUCAUUUGGUCGUUUCUGGUCAUACUAGGUUUCACUGCCGCUACCGUGCAACUGUCUUUCAUUGUCUCAAAGUUUCUGGCGUAUCAAGUGGUAGAGGUGUCUCAAAUGAAGGAAGGAAUGCCAGUAGAGUUUCCAUCAGUGACCUUGUGUAACAUAGCAACCGUCUCCUUGACUAAGAUCAAUGAACUUAUCAACCAAAAUGCCACGGACAUAAUGCCCUGGCUUACGUUUAUUAAGAACACAAACUUUGGAGACCAUGAUGAGCGUAUGGAUUCACACCAAGCCUUUUACGAGAACCUGCCAGAGGUUGCCCAAGCUAUUGGUCACAGUAUAGACAACUUUGUUAUCAGCUGCCGGUUCAACGCAAGGGAAUGUAGCGCGGCCAAUUUUAGUUUGUACUUUGAUGGCAAGAAUUACUACAACUGCUACACCUUCAAUAGCGGCUAUGAUGCGGUAGAGAAACAACCGAAAAAGGAAAAACUGCUUAUGCAUACCACCGGACCACAAAAUGGACUGUCUGUGAUAUUAUCGCUCGAAAAUGAUAAUCCACCGGCCGGCGCUUAUGGACUGUAUGAUGUGAAAAACCAUAUUGCCUUCAGUGGCGGGGUUCGAGCCCAUGUGCAUGCCCCUAACACUAUGCCUAGCCCAGCCGAUCACGGAUUCGAUGUUCCACCUGGUUAUUCAACCUCUGUAGGUCUCAACGCUAUACUGCAUUCUAGACUUCCCAAUCCUUAUGGCAAUUGUACGUGUAGCAACAUAGAAGGGGACCGUUCAUACUUGAACACAAUCUUCAGCUGCCUUCAGCUGUGCAAACAAAGAAUUUUGGUACAAAGGUGUGGGUGCAAAACAGCCGCCUUGCCAAUGUAUAAAGAAACAGAUCCAAAAAAGCAAAAUUUACCAUUUUGUGGGGCUAUUAAAAACUGGCGCAACACCGAAGCGUUCUUGAAAAACUCAAGUGUUGAACAGUAUACAAUGAAGUGCGAAGAGGAUUUGCUAAACUACCUGAACAAUGACAGAAGCUAUGAGAACACAUGCAACUGCUUUCAACCUUGUGAUGAAACCUCGUAUCAAAAACAUAUAUCUCAAUCGUACUGGCCCCUUGAAUUCUAUCAGUUAGACGCUUUGCGAAAUUUAUACCAAAACAUCACAAUCAGCUCGAUUCUCAUCAGAGAGGUAUCUGAAAAACUUAAUAAUCUACAAGCACGGUUUGAACAAUACAUGCAGGAAAAUAGAAAAGAAGAAUACAACCAGACUGAUCUCGACACGUUAAUAAGAGCAUCCACAAUCGUACGGCAAAAUUUAAUCCGAUUGAAUAUCUACCUAGAAGACCUGAGUGUUGUGGAAUUCAAGCAAAUGCCCGCGUAUGAGCUGGCAGAUUUGUUCGCGGACAUCGGAGGAACUCUUGGCCUCUGGAUGGGCAUUUCUGUGCUGACCAUUAUGGAGCUUGUGGAGCUGCUUAUUAGAGUCUCAAUGCUGCUGUGCGACUCCGAAUCCGGGUCUUUGAACGGUGCGAGUGCGGGCGACCCCCGAGAAGACCAAGAGUAUGCUGAGCUGAAUCCACACCAGCAUGUCAAACAAAAAGCACCGUUGCCAAUAUGA